GCCAGACCUAACGAGUGACAUUUCCAUCUGACGUUUGUUGUCAAAAAUCAUUUUCGUUUUGACUUUUAGUGAAGACAGCAGAUAAAAUAACAUUUGGUGGUUGAUCAAGCUGUCGAAAGGACGUUGAUGUGAUUAUCGUGUUUUAAUAUAUUGAAAAAAUAUACGAACAUUGAGAAUCUUUAGUGAUACGUUAGCAACAAAGAGAAUUUUUUAUUAUUGGCAUUUGUAAUGUUAUUGCCUUGAUUAAGUUUUUGAAAACUAUCGUGCAUUUAUGUUAGCCAGUAACACUGUGAAAGAAAAAUAAAACAAUGCCUUUAUUUGGUAAGGAGAAGAAACCCAAGAAGGAACCUAAAGACAGUGAUAAACCAUGCUUGGAAGACAAAUAUUACUUGAAGGAAUUAUUAGGAACUGGGGCAUUCUCGGUAGUUCGAUUAGCAGAGAGCAAGGAAAAUCAUGGUGUUAUGCAUGCAGUAAAAAUUAUCGAUAAAAAAGCUCUCAAAGGAAAAGAAGAUUCACUUGAAAAUGAAAUUAAAGUUCUCAGACGGUGA